AUGGCAGACCAAGCAAGUGGCGCGAUGGCCAACCUUUUACUGCCAGCUGCAGUCCCGGCUUUCAAAUGCCCCCGAGGAACAAAGAUGUGGAUUUUGAACCUCGGAAGCCUUAACGUGGAUGAAGGCUGGCUACUCGCUGGCGUGAACGGUGGAUCAUCAAGCCAGCCAAAUCCGACGAACAAGAGACGCACCCUCAUGUUAAUUGCUGGGUUGAUUCACCACCCUGAUGCUGGCCUCAUUCUAUUCGAAACGGGGUGUGCUGAGGACAUCGAAACGCAAUGGGGUGCGCAAACUACUGACGUGUUUCCUCGUACGAAGUAUGCAGUCUGCCAUAAGUUGCCAGAGGCUAUCAAGGCUACCGGAAAUGAUAUCAAAGACAUCAAGGCAGUCAUAAUGGGCCAUUUGCACAUGGACCAUGGAGGAGGAUUAGAACAUUUCUUCGGGUCGACAAUUCCAAUUUACGUCCACGGGGAGGAAUUGAAGCACGCGUGCUGGGCAGCUGCGACACGAAGUGAAAGUGGACUUUAUCUGCCCGAUUACCUCAAUCUUUCAAAACUUCGAUGGGAAACCUCUAAUGAGGAACGGCUUGAUCUUUGGCAAGGAAUUACUAUAUACCACGCGCCAGGACAUACCCCUGGACUCAGUAUCAUGCAAGUCAACUUGCCUAAUGAUGGGACAUGGAUAUGGACAACAGACCAGUACCAUGCCAGGGAAAAUUAUUACGAUGAUCACCCGCAUGGCUGGUUAAUUAGAGAUCAUAACUCCUGGGUCCGAAGUGGGAAAAUGAUUAAACGGCUGCAGCGUCUCUUCCAAGCCAAGCUCAUCUUUGGUCAUGAUUAUGAUAUCGCAAGCGAGCAUAUCAACAACAAGCCUUUCUAUGAGUGA